AUGAGUCGAACCGACAGCGGCUUCGAGGACUACCAAGUCAAGCCUUCGGGUUCUGAAACUGCUGAGGAAGAUGCCUUCUCAACCACGGCCGAAGCGAGCAGUGGCGCGCCUAACCACCGGCCCAGCCCGCUAAGCCAUCACGAGUCCCGCUCCACACUCACAGCCGCAAUCUCCGCUCCUACGACGCCUGAGCGCCCGGCGCUGAGAAAACGGCGAUCCAGGCCGAGCUCCAAACAUUCGCUCAGGUCUAACAGCCGCGCCUCGGCCGCCUACUCGAGGCCUUCUCUCUCCGGCAGAGUGCGCAGCUUCCCCGUCGAACUCUCAAUGCACCGCAACGACCUCGACUCGGUGCUCGCCCUGCACUCGCGCAGCUGCAGCCUCUUCAGUUCCUCGUUUGCCCCCACCAGCGCGCCACAGUCACCAGGUCUCUCCUCCGUCGGCCGCGCCAGCACCGACAUCCCUCGCCACUCUCUCCAGGUCGACACCACCAGCCUCAGGUCCGCCCACUUCUACCCCAUGCCAUCUCCGUCUCUGUCCGCCUUUUCCUCGCCCGCCCAGGAGGAGCCCGUCGAGGAGGAAGAAGAAGUCUCGACGCCGCCGCCCACCGUCAUCCACUGGAACUCGCCCAGCACGCGCCGCCGCGAGUACGCCGAGAUCGACCGCUCGACCAAAGGUUUCCGCGGCUUCGUGCGCCGCGUCACGCCGCGCUGGAUGUCGCGCCGUCCGCCGAGGCAGGCGUUCUACGACGGCGAGAACGACGACGACGACGCGUGCAGCGUGAGGCGCUACCGCAUCGAGGUGCCCGAAGAAGACGACCAUGAUGCGUGCGAGGAGAAGCGGAGACCAAAGUCCGCGCCGACGACCAGGAUUGGGAGAUUCUGGAAGUGCCAGUGA